GGAUGAUAUGUCGCAAGCGCCGCGCUCCUGAUGCAGAGAAGCAGUGCUGGGAUAUUGCAUUCAAUGCAGAAGGUAUUGAUAAAUGAACUACCAGUUUAUAACACGGUAAGUAGCGCUACGCUACGACAUAGUGCAGCAUAGAAUGCGAACGAUUUCGCACCAAUCCAGUUAACGCAGUUAAGACAGCCUAUGCCACCUCUUUAUCUCUCGCUGGCCCCAUAACGGCUAUUGUUCGAGUGUUUACAAUCAGCUGUCGACCUGAGUCGGUCUGCGGCACCAUCUCUCGCUCGUGCCCUGACCGAACGAAUCAUCAGGCCGCGCUGCUUCCGAUUCAUUGGGAUACGAGAUACACACCGCACCACAGCCCUGUACUUAAUAGUGAGGAAAGCAGCGUUGACUUGCCGUCGAUUUCUUCGUUCACAGUCCGUGAAAGUGUUGUGAAUGGUGCCUGCUUAUGCCUGGUGUGGUGUUUACCGCUAAUCGACCUGUGACCUGUGCGACGAAUACUGCUGGUAUCGCACCGUUUGGUUGACGGGAAGGAAACGAGCUGGCUUGUCUUACUGACAACACUUAUAUAGUCAAAUUUGCUAUCUACUAUUGAAAUCGGGGGGCGCACAAGGCUUUAGGAAGAAGGCCAACAUGAAAAUCACGGUGAAGAUCUUGGGUGGAGAGGAAUGUACCAUAGAGGUUCAGUCGUCGACGUCAAUUCAGGACGUGAAAAAGGAACUUUCGGUUAAAAUGAAUGUCCCCGUGGAGAAACAAAAAUUGGUGUUCAAAGGCAAAACACUGGUGGAUACGUCGAAAGUCGGUGAACACACGCUUGAAGAGGGCGCUAAAGUUCAUUUGGUUGUCACCAAAUCGUCCACUCCAACGCCGUCUUCGUCUUCGUCGGGGUCAUCACCUGCCACUUCAACCAAGGCUUCAUCCAGCGUCGAUUUCUGGCCGCUUCUAAGCGACCUUUUGCGUCGGCAUUUCGUGCCUGAAGACGUUGACAAAAUUAUCGAUGAGUACAAAAAGGAUUUCGAAGCUGGUCUGCAGUCCCUGAAUUUAGACGACAUCGACCGUAUGGCGCACGCCAUUCUCGAAGGACAACAACAACAACAGCAACAACAACAGGCGGCGCAGUCUGCAUCGCAUAAACUGACACCGGCCGAAGCCGUUCCUAGUUAGAAGUUAACGCCGAUGGUCAACUGUAACGAAAAAACUAUGCGAAUAAAAUCAUUCUCCUUUAACAUUGAUUGGGGAAAUAUGCUUUGAGGACUUGGGGCAGCGCCAGGAAGUUUUGAGGUAACAACUUGCGAUGAAUGGAAACAUUAUAAAUAUUUCAUAUGUAUGUUAAAAGAUAGCAAAUUCAUUUGCUAGCACGUGUCACGAAAGCAAAACAAAGCAACUUUUUUUACGUAUUCAGCCAAUGUGAAACUAGUUAAGCGCAAGUAACUCAGCUGAAGCCUGAAGGCGGCUUCCACGGGGCAACGUCAUACGACAUAAUGUGAAGAACCGAAACAACGGUGAGUGAACGAGACGCAAGUCAAUUGUGAAAAUAGAUAAAAUCGGUAUUCCUAUUGUCAGGCAUCGAAACCCGAACGUUUAUUACAAUCGUUGAACUACGUAGAAGCGGACGAAGCUUAAACACGAGAACAUCAGCUGUUAAAAUGCGAUUGCAUUCUUUCUAGUUUUUAGUGUUUACUUUUUUCCAAACUGAAACGAAUCUAACAUGAGUACGUUUUUCGAGUGUUAACUGCUAACCGGAAAAAUAUCUGAGUCGCUUCAAUUAACAAUGGCAACAACAGCGAAUGAAAUAGAAACCACAACUCAGCUAAUUACCGGGUCAGAAUCUCGUUCUCCGUCUGCCAAACCGCUUUGUACAUAGCAAUGUUUUCUAUUAACGACUUUCGAACGUCUGUUUACGUAUUAUUAUAUAUACAUAUAUAAACAUAAAUAUCUACAAAUGCAAGUGCGCGCACCGCAGCAAAACAGGCAAACCAUCUGAUUGACCGGCCGGCAUUGUUGAAUAAACAUAAGGAAAAUUUCAACGAACCGACCAACCAACAACAACUAGAUAAUGUAACGUAAUUUAGAGAUGGAAUGUGUAUCGCUAAUAAAAUAAAGCAACUUAAUAAACAUGUCGGCCAGAGCUCAUUGGUACGAGUAGCGCAUUUUCGUGUGUUUGCAGGUACCGUUACUAAAUAUUAGUAUAAUAUCAUGAUUUCAUUGUACAAAUGAUUUCGUUAGUUUUAUGAUUAUGUAUUAUCAUGGAAAUAAUGGGCGAUAAAAUAAUUUGCGGGCACCACAAAGCUGUAAGAAGUUGUAUGAAAUGGCAAGAAUAAGUAGUGAUUUAUUGCAUUAUUAUGAAUAUUCUUAUUAUUAGUAUGAUUAUUAAUAAAAUACGAAAUGAAUAAUAGACAGAGAGGAAGGUAGGAUAAAUUGAAAGAAAAUAUGGAUGAUCAUCUGCUAUGUAUGGACCUUUAUUACUAGACUGUAUAGCCGAUGUGUAAUAAAAGGAUGGUAAUAUUAAUAAUAUUAGCUAAGUAAACGUUUGUGAGCAUGAAGAGUACACACAUACAAAUAUACAACAGGAUAUAAAUAAUCGAUAAUUGUUUUCAAAGAGAUUGUUUUUGCAUACGCCUAUAACUUCGUUUUGCUACGCAAUAUCAUCAUAUGAUAUAUUUGUAGAUCUUACCGAUAUAUUCAGUAUCAAACCGUUUAAUGAAAUCUGUAGGAAGUUGUAAUCAUUGCGAAAACUAUACCCUCCCUCGAAACUACUAAAUAAACAAAUAAUCAAAUUAUUUUAAGAACAAUGUAUAGCCGCCAUGCUUCCGUAAACGCAGUAUUUUCUUCUAGGUAUUAUAUAGACCAGAUUUUUGAGG